AUGUCCAAAUCAGAUGAAGAAUGGAGAGCUGUUCUUUCCCCAGAACAGUUCAGAGUAUUGAGGCAGCUGGGCACUGAGAGGCCCUUCACAGGAAAGUACACCGAUACUCCAGCAAGUGAAAAGGGUGUUUAUGAGUGUGUCGGUUGUGGUCUGCCUCUUUACAAAUCCAAUACCAAAUUUCACUCGAGUUGUGGCUGGCCCGCUUUCUUCGAUGCCAUUCCAGGUGCUUUGAAGACCAUCGAAGAUAAGUCCUUCGGAAUGACCCGUAUAGAGAUGAGAUGUUCCAACUGUGAUGGCCACUUGGGUCAUAUCUUUAAAGGUGAAGGCUACAACACACCAACAGACGAGAGACAUUGUGUGAAUAGUGUUUGCUUGAAAUUCAACCCUGAGUAA